GUUGCAUACAAAUAAAAGCCAUUUGCCCCGAGCACCCCAAAUGAAUUAUCAGCGAAAAUACGUGUCAGUAGUUGUGCGGUAUAUAAAGCUAAGCCGGCAGUUGGGGGAGGCGUAGUUUACUCAGAUUUGUUUGGACGUUCGGUGACAUAGCACAGUAAAAUAUGGCAGAAGAAGCAAAACCCGCGGAAGAAGCUCCACCUUCAGAUGUCCCAACAAUCGAGGCUCCUCAAGUACCAGUUAAACAUUCAUACACAUUGUUCUACUUCAAUGUGAAAGCCCUCGCAGAACCGCUACGAUUCCUAUUUGCAUACGGUGGCAUAGAAUAUGAAGAUGUUAGAGUAACUCGUGACGAGUGGCCUGCCUUAAAGCCAACAAUGCCAAUGGGUCAAAUGCCUGUGUUGGAAGUUGACGGGAAGCGGGUCCAUCAAAGUAUUUCUAUGGCCCGGUAUUUGGCUAAGCAAGUUAACUUAUCAGGAGCCGAUCCCUGGGAGGACUUACAAAUCGACAUCGUCGUUGAUACGAUCAACGACUUUCGCCUAAAAAUUGCAGUCGUCUCCUACGAACCGGAGGAUGAAAUUAAAGAGAAGAAAAUGAUCACGCUAGUGAACGAAGUCAUUCCAUUCUACUUGGAGAAACUGGAAACAAUAGUUAAGGACAAUAACGGCCACUUUGCACUUGGGAAACUUACAUGGGCAGACAUUUACUUUGCGGGCAUUUUAGAUUAUUUGAAUUACAUGUGCAAGAAGGAUCUUAUUGAAAACUACCCUGGUUUGAAGGCCCUCGUCGAAUCAGUCUAUGCAAUUGAUGCAAUUAAAGCUUGGAUGGAGAAACGGCCAGUCACCGAGGUUUGAGCUAACCGUGGGCAUAAUUUUCAGUUUGUUGGGAUGUCCAAAUGUGCAAUUUUCAUGUACACUUUAUACCUUAGCUCCUCAUUAUAAUCGAGUGAGAAAUCUGUCAACUGAAAUAUUUUUACAUUAUAAUAUACUAAAGAGAAAAAAAUAAAUAACAGAGCUAAAUCGAA